AUGCUUGUUGUCUUGCUUCAAUUUAGCAUCGCCUACUAUCUCAAGGACACCAGUCCCCUGAGCUACAAGUUCUUGGCUCUGGCGUACGUUAUCGGCGGCACUUGCAACCAGAACUGUUUCCUUUGCAUCCACGAGCUAUCUCACAACUUGGGAUUCAAGAAACCACUACAUAACAGGCUCUUUUCCAUAGUGACGAAUCUGCCAAUCGGAAUCCCCUACAGUGCUUCUUUCCAGCCCUACCACCAGCUGCACCAUAAAUUUCUCGGAGAUGAGAUUUAUGACACAGACAUCCCUACUCGGCUGGAGGCCAUUGUUCUGUCCAACAUUCUUGGCAAGGCAUUCUUUGCCACAUUCCAAAUUCUGUUUUACGCUUUGAGACCGAUGUUCAUCACCCAGGUGAAAUUUACUCUGGUCCACCUGCUAAAUGUUAUCGUGCAGGUUUUUGUUGAUCUCCUAGUGGUGAAAUAUUGGUCUGCAAACUCAUUAUGGUACUUUAUUAUGUCUUCAUUUUUCGCCGGAUCGCUGCACCCAACAGCUGGACACUUCGUGUCGGAGCACUACAUUUUUGACCCACCUAAAAACUACAAAAAAUACGUGGAUGUCCCCCCUCUGGAAACAUAUUCCUACUACGGGCUCCUCAAUUUGGUGACGUGGAACGUCGGCUAUCACAACGAGCACCACGACUUCCCAUUUGUUGCGUGGAGUAGGCUCCCGCAGCUAAAAAAAAUAGCUGCCGAGUUUUAUGAGCCGCUACCGCAUCACAAGUCCUGGACGUGGACGAUCGUCGACUUCAUCUUCAACUACGACGUCACGAUGUUCAACAGGGUCAAAAGAGAUACCGCCGGAAUUUCAGAAAGACGAAAAAUUGACUACAACGACAAUUCCAAAUAA